GUGAUCAGAGAUGGCGGGCGCCUCCGACCCCCUGGAAGAUAUGCUCUUUUCAGAGGUGGAUGAAAAAGCUGUGAGCGACCUAGUGGGCUCAUUGGAGUCACAGCUUGCUGGCCAAAGCAACACAGCAGGUAAAACAGACGAAAACGGAGGUGCUGGCACAGUGGCCCCCGCUAACCAUCACUUGGGAAAAACGCUACCAGCUCCAGUGGGCACCACAACACUGGAACAACAACAACAAGGACGGCGUAAUAAACCUGAGAUGCACCAGGAGAUCAACUCUAAAGACGUUAGCCCAGAUAAAACUGUCACAUCCCCUUCUUUGGGCUGCACCCCUUCCUUUGGCGAGCCUUCCACCACUUCACCUGCCUGUGUGAACGCGACUAGCAGCGGGUCGCAAUCACAUGGAGCAUCCAUCACAACACUGACUGCAUCUGGUGUGUCAACUUUGACAUCUUCGCCAACCAGCAUCAACACCACGACAAGCCGGGGGUCUAAGGUUACCCUGAGCACAAGUGAGACGUCGACGGAAGCUGUUUCACCGAGAAAACGCAUAACGACACCGCGGAGGAGCGCUUCGGCUCGGAUAAAGAGUUUGAACGGCGCAGCUAUAACGACGAGGAGGAAUAGUAACACAGCAGGGGUGGAAAACCUUAGCUGUGUGGACACCAGUGAAACUGCACUAAACUCAACUCGACCAGUGACAUCCUCUAUUAACACUUCGACUUUCACCUUAUCUAACGCCAGCCUGCCUGCAGGUCAGUCUGCUAUUGCUCUGGACCGGGGGACUCCUACCAUUGCUCUGCACAGACUCCCCAGUCACAUUGUAGCGAGCAUAGCCCAGAACGGAAACGGGACCAGCGUGUCGGCCUUGGUCCAGCAGGGAGCCCGCAUAGGACCCAUCACCUCUUCAGCCUCACAGGGCAACCACAGCAAAACGGUCACAGACACUGGGACUUCCAAAACAGACGACUCUCAGUCCAAAAUUGUAAUGUCAAGCCAGUCUACUAGUGUCAAUUCUGUAAUAAACACUGUUUCUUCUACGUCUUCUGUUGUCACACCAACAACAACUACAGCAGCAGCCACUACAACAACUGUAACCCAGCCUGUGAGCUCUGCCACAGCUCUUACCUGUGUUUCUGCAGCGGCAACGACUUCAGUCUGUGGAACUGCUCAAACUACACCAGUGACUUCUACUAUUAGCUUGGUUAGACCUGCAGCUCCCUCUCCCACACCUGCUGUGGCCACCACUGCACAGCCUCAGCCCCGUCCUGGACUCACAGCACCUCAAAGGAUUGUAGCCCCUCAGCUGAUUGUCAGACCACCUCAACAACAGACAACAAUUCAGCUCCCUCCUGGGUUUACCAUCCCACCGGGGAUGGUGCUAGUACGUACGGAGCUGGGCCAGCUGGUGAUGGUCCCUCAGCAGGCUUUGGCUCAGGCUCAGGCUCAAGCUCAGGCUCAGGCCCAGGCCCAGAAUAACAUCUCUCCACGACCUGCCACCCCCACCACAGGAGCCGCCUUCAGAGUAACAACUCCACAGUCUCCUGUGACCUCUCAGACCACCAGGCAGUGUCCUUUGACCCCGGCCAAGAUGGUACCAUCUCCCUCUCCUACUCCUUCCAGCCCUGCUAUUCAGACCUCCUCCUCUUCCUCUUCUUCUUCUUCCUCUUGUCCUGCACUGCGCCCAAAGGCCCCCGUGGCACCGGCCGUGGCUGUGACGGCUCCGCAGCAGACCCCCGUGGUUAUGGCCCCCCAGGCCCCGGCCCAGGCUACCUCCCAGCCAGUGCAGCCCGCACAGACGGGCAUUGCCGCGGCCCCCGGAGCACCUGUCGUGUCCCAGGAGAUGCAAGAGAAUGUGAAGAAGUGUAAGAAUUUCCUGGCCACACUUAUCAAGCUUGCGUCUCACAACUCUCCGUCCCCAGAGACUUCCAAGAACGUCAAAGCCCUGGUUCAGGACUUGCUGGAUGCAAAGAUUGAGCCGGAGGAGUUCACCAGUCGACUGCAGACUGAACUUAAGUCAUCUCCGCAGCCCUACCUGGUGCCCUUUCUUAAGAAGAGUCUCCCAGCCCUGAGGUUGUCUUUGCUGAAUAGUCAGCAGUCCCUGACCCAGCCCCCUCAGCAGGGAGUCAAACCAGCACCCGGCGGCACACCCCCUGCCAUCAUUGCUGGGCCAGCUGUCCGCAUACGCCACCCCAACAGUGUGGGGACCACCACGUGUGCCAACACACUGCCCGCUGGGACACUUGGACAUGCAACUGCAAUGGGUAUCAAGACGGGAGCGGCUGUCAGUGGCCAGGUGCGAAUGCCGGUGGUGAUCACACAGUCUGUCAGAGCACAAGGAACAAUGGGGAAAGGAGCUGCCAUCCAAGCAGGCAAAAGUCCCAUGGGCUUAGCUGUUCAGAUCUCUGGGAAUCAGAAAAACAAGCUCAACGACCCUGGAGGAGGCUCUUUCAGGGAUGAUGAUGACAUCAAUGACGUGGCCUCCAUGGCUGGAGUGAACCUCAAUGAGGAGAGUGCAAGGAUACUCGCUACCAACUCGGAGCUGGUGGGAACGCAGAUUCGCUCAUGUAAAGACGAGGCGUUUCUCCAUCCUGGCCUGUUGCACCGACGAAUUCUGGAAACAGCCAAGAAGUUCGGAGUUACGGAGGUACCUAUGGAGGCGGUGACAUUCAUCUCACAUGCCACACAGUCACGACUUCGCACUGUGGUGGAAAAGGUUUCUACUAUUGCACAGCACCGACUGGACUCCUGUAAGGAUGAUGAGUGCUACGAGCAGUCUGCAGACGUUCGCUCUCAGCUUCGCUUCUUCGAGCAGCUGGAGAGAAUCGAGAAGCAGAGGAAGGACGAGCAGGAGAGAGAGAUCCUGUUGAAAGCCGCUAAAAGUCGCUCCAGGCAAGAGGACCCAGAGCAAGCUCGACUGAAACAGAAAGCUAAGGAGAUGCAACAACAGGAACUGGCUCAGAUGAGACAGCGAGAUGCAAACCUCACAGCACUAGCAGCCAUUGGACCACGCAAAAAACGGAAGGUUGAUUCACCUGGGACCACACCAUCAGGGACAGAGGUUUUGGGCAGCAGCGCAGGCUCCCCGGCCAGCUCCUCGGCCCCGUCCACCUCAUCACGCCAGUAUACACGGCAACGCAUCACUCGCGUCAACCUCAGGGACUUAAUUUUCUACAUGGAGCAGGAGAGAGAAACCGCCCACUCGCUCCUCCUUUACCGUGCCCUGCUCAAGUAGCCUCUGCUCUGCUCAGCGUCCACCUCAACCUCCUCCUCCUCCUUCUUCCCAGCCACGUGCCUUGAGAUCAGGUCUAAUGUUUCAGCUCCGUGUCUUCAUAUGUACUGUAGUGAUGUUUGAUGUAGCUUUUAAUAUAAGAAACAGAGAGAGAGAGAGAGAGCGAGAGAGAAAAAAACUCACAAAAAUAAAACAGUUGUUCCAUGUCUUCUCCGUUUAACUUCAUGUAUAGUUAGAUCAUUCGGUUUAAAGGCCAUAUCGAACUGUUUGUGGUGAAAGGACAAACUGGUUUUUAGUCAUAGGACAGGACACAGAACUUAUUCCACGUAUGAUGAGUAGCUGUUUCUUCAAUGCUGUAGGCAGUAUAUUCAAUUAACCACCUCAAGGAAAGGAUUAUUUUAGAUAUUUAUGUUUUAUGCAGCCUACGAUGUUCUCUUUGAGCUAUUUGUUCAACGUAGUUCAAUGAAUGUAGUUGAGCUGAACUCAAUAAACGAGAGACUUUACAGAUUUCUAUUCUAAGACAUCGUUUUAGACAUUGAGAUUCCACACGACAGCGUCACAUUCAAUUUUCCUUAUUGUACUGUAUGUGUAAAUAGUUCUUUUGGAAUUAUUUUACAGCAUGUAUAUUUUUUAUUACAUGUAAGCUUUGUAAGAAAAAGAGUAACCCAUGUGUCAAUGUUAUAAAACCUAAUGUUUUGUAAAAUCCAUGUGCUUUUGGAAGAGUCCAAAUUAGACAGUUUAUUCUGAUCACUUGUAGAGCAUAUUUGUUAUGAAGCAGGACCCCCAACCCCCCACCCCCACCCCCGCCACCUCUGCAAACAUCACAAAACAAAAACCGUGACCCCACACAUUAAAUUUCUUAUAGGUCCAUAUUUUCUUUACCCACACUAAUGUGAGCAUCGUUUUUAUUGCUAAAUGUUUGUUAUUUGUGUCCAGGUUUUUUAACAGUGCUGCUUGAGAAGGUUAGUUUUGGCUCGUACUGUACAUGAGGUGGAGACUGAUGAUUAAAUCAGACAUUCCUUUAUUGCUUCCUCUACUGUAAUAUCUGCACAUUAAUUACAUUUUAAUAAAUAAGACCUCCAUUCUGGCCCAAUGAGAGUCUUUAUAGUGACUGAAUGACAAAGGUAACCGUGAAGCGGUUUAGUUCACAGCACUUAUUAUUCGUGUUUCAGUUCAGUUGAAUAUCACAGCUGUAAUGGAACGUGGAAGACGGCAGCUGUACGACUCCAGCCUAAAAGUAUUUGUUUAAUUUUGUGCCGUUUUUAUUUUUGCCUUGGUAUCGCUGUUUGAAGAGAGGUAUCCCGGCUUUUCAUGCAUGUGUCGCAUUGUUUGUUGCCUUUUAUUUUUGUUUUUGUUUCAAAUCCAUAUUGUAUUAUGUAGUGUUGUCAAUCAUUUUUGUUGAUUUUUUUUUUUUUUCUAUUUAACUAAAUAUCUUGGCCUCUAUGCAGCUUUUCUUGUCAUAUUAAAACUUAUUUAAUUAUGGCUGACAUUUGAAACAAUUCUUGUGGAUUUUGAAUUUUGACCGCACUUUUUUUAUUAUCUAUUUUACCUGACAACUUAAAGCUGUCACUGUAUUAUAGCAAAGAAAUUCUUUUAAUUAGUAAACAGUAUUGCCAAUUUCUGUCAAAAGACACAUUUUUUAAACAAUUAAUAUAUUUUCUUUUUUUUUGUUUUGGAUUGGCUUUUAUGCUUUACAUAUUUUCUUAAAUCUCCAAAUUACCAUGUUUUCAGACAAGCACAACAAUAUUGUGGUGAUUCAAAAAUGAUUUUCAUAAUGGUUUCUAUGGUUUCUGGCGGUUUCACAGGAGGACGUUUCUACUACUACAGCUUUUUAGCCAAAAUAUUAGGACAGUAUAACUGGUGUACACAGACGGGGGAUAUAACAUUUCAGUGUAAGGAUGAUUUGUAAAUAUUGUUUACAAAACUAUGUGUUUAUUAGAACCACGGUAUUUUUGGUAAACUCUUGUACAUAUCUUGAAAAUUUCCUGUUUGUGUGAAAAAAAAACAACACUUAUGUAUUUGUACCUAUUUUGUAAAGGAAUAAAUAAGCUGUUUACUAAACUGA